GGCCGGCGUGCGGAUUUUGCCGUCCUUUGUGCGGUCGCUUGAAGCAUGAACGAGAGCAGGAUGAACAUGGCGCCCGCUCAGUCAACGAUGGCCUGGGGCACCGGUGCCGCGGAGUCCAGCAGGCCCGCCCGCGACAGUCCGCAGCCGCCCAAGGGGGGCCGUUGGGAGCGGCCACGCGGUCCCGCAGCAGUGGACCCGGUGAUGGAGCAGCUCUCGUACCUGCGCGGCCCCACCAGCGGGCUCGAGACACGCGCCACCGUGGAGCCCAAGAAGUUCACCGGUCGGUGCCGCCUGUUCGUCGGAAAUCUGCCCAACAACUUCACCGAAGAUCAGUUCCGGAAGCUCUUCGAGGACUACGGCGAAGUGGCCGAGAUUUUUCUCAACACCGCCAAAGGCUUCGGCUUCGUCAAGCUGGAUACUCGGCAGAAUGCUGAAGCAGCUAAGGCUGCCUUGGAUUUCAUGCCAAUGCAGCAAAAACCACUGCGUGUGCGCUUUGCCACCCACGGGGCGGCCCUCAAGGUGAAGAAUUUCAGCCAGUGGGUGACCAAUGAGCUCCUGGAGCUUGCCUUCUCCGUCUUUGGAGAGGUGGAAAGAGCUGUGGUCAUUGUGGAUGAUCGUGGUCGCUCGGUCGGUGAAGGCAUUGUGGAGUUCUCACGCAAACAGGCAGCCCAGCAGGCCCUGAAACGCUGUUCGGAGGAGUGCUUUAUCUUGACAAGCACCCCUCGUCCCGUGGUGGUUGAACCCCUGGAGCAGCGUGAUGAAGACGACGGCCUGCCCGAGAUGAACUUCCAGCCAAACAACAAGCAGUUCCAGAAGGAGCGUGAGGCGGGUCCCCGGCUGGCUGAGGUCGGCUCAUUCGAAUACGAGUUUGCCAUGCGCUGGAAGAAGCUGUAUGAGGAUGAACGGGCGCGUCAUGAGCAGCUGGAGCAGGACAUCCUGUCGUGCCGUCGCUCACUCGAGGACCAAAUGGAGGCCCUUCUCUACGAGCACGAGGCCAACAUGCUGCGCGAGAAGCUGCGGAGAAUGGAGGAGCAGAGCAACAUGAUGGCCCGAGAGCGAGAAAUGAGGCGGGAAGAGGAGCGCAGACGUGAAGAAGAGAGGCGUCGCCGUGAAGAGGCCCUCUUCCAACAGCAGCGGCAAGAAGAAGAGCUGCGCUCCCGACGACGGGAAGAAGAAUUUCGAGGAGGUGUGCCCCCACCACCACCACCUCCUGGAUUGUUGGCAAUGGCUGCCUAUGAAAGUGGAUAUCGCGACGGGGCACCGCCAGGGGGAACUGCAGCUGUGCGGCAGUCCCGGUUUGACCAAGGCGGACAAGGGAGUCCCGGCCAGCAGCCACCACAGCAGUCGAUGGGGGUCAUGAACGGCACUCGAAGCGCGCCUGCCGCCCUCCGGGACAUGAUGAUGCGCAGAGAUGCUCUGGACCGCGGUGAUUAUGACAUGGAAGCCAAGCGCGCACGUCGCUACUAGUAAACGAGGAUCUCGGUGCUUCAAGCAUGCCACUGCACUGCCCUGGCUGCUGCCAGCUCCUUCGGCAGUAGUGGAGAAGCACCAAAUGGUCUUUCGAAGCAUCCACACAUUUAAUCGUGUAAGCAUGAAAAUGUCAUUGCGUUGUUCGAUGUCCACAUUGCCAAUAAAUAGAGCUUGUGUCGUA